CGGACCUGGAGGUGAAGGAGGUCGGUGGGGCAAAAGCUUUCCUUGGGAAAGUGGAGAGGUCGGCGACAUUUUGCAGAAAACAGCGGGGUGUGACUUCAAGAAAUGGCAAGUCUUUUGAAGACAUCAUCCCUAACUGUCAGGACAAAAUUGCUACACCAGUCAGCACUUUAUAAUACAUCUCAUGGCUUCCAUGAGGAAGAAGUUAAAAAAAAGCUAAUGCAGUUUCCUGGUGGAUCUGUUGACCUUCAGAAAGAAGAGGAUGGCAUUGGCAUUCUUACUCUGAAUAAUCCAAGUAAAAUGAACGCUUUCUCAGGUGUAAUGAUGUUACAACUUCUGGAAAAAGUGAUUGAGCUCGAAAACUGGAAAGAAGGGAAAGGAGUCAUUGUCCGUGGAGCAAAAAAUACGUUCUCCUCGGGAUCUGAUCUGAAUGCCGUGAAGGCACUAGGCACUCCAGAGGAUGGCGUGGCCUUGUGUAUGUUCAUGCAAAAUACUUUAACAAGAUUUAUGAGACUUCCUUUAAUAAGUGUUGCGCUUAUUCAAGGAAGGGCAAUGGGUGGAGGAGCAGAAUUUACUACAGCAUGUGAUUUCAGAUUAAUGACUAAAGGGAGUGAGAUCAGAUUUGUCCACAAGGAGAUGGGGAUAAUACCAAGCUGGGGUGGUGCUACUCGGCUGGUUAAUAUAAUCGGCAGUAGACAAGCUCUCAAAGUCUUAAGUGGGGCCCUUAAACUAGAUUCAGUGAAAGCUUUGAACAUAGGAAUGGCCGAGGAGGUCUUGCAGUCUUCAGAUGAAAAUGAAUCUCUACAAGAGGCACAAGAGUGGCUGAAGCAAUUUACCAAAGGGCCACCAGAAGUAAUCAGAGCAAUGAAAAAGUCUGUGUCGUCAGUCAAGCAGCUUUGUUUUGAGGAGGCAUUACAGACUGAAAGAGAUCUUGUAGGCACGGUUUGGGGUGGACCUGCAAACUUAGAGGCGAUUGCUAGAAGAGGAAAAUUUAAAUAACUUGAAAAAAUACAAGUAUAAACUCUCGUAAUUAAAAUGUAUUAACAGUUAUGUCAGAUUUUGAAGUCUACUGUUAGUAUCUUUCUGAACUUUUAGACUUUCUGAGCAAUGGUAAUCAGUAUAGGCAUUUGAACAAUGGUAAUGGUGAUAGGUGACUGAAUACCAUUCUGAACAAUGGUAUAGAUAACUGAAUACCCGAACUUAUUGACUGCCUCGUUUGCAGUAUACUUGGGUCACUACAAAGUUUUGGUUUAAAAAAAAUAUAAAUUCCUUAAUUCUUAUAGUUUUUAGACUAUAACCAAAGAUCCUAUUGUUUACAAAGUCUAUUCCUAAGAUUAAUUUUCAUACAGAUUUUAUCCUAUUUUAUAUAUAACUUUCAGACCAAUGAUGAAUCUUAUAAGAACAAAAAUGGAGAGGCAAGGUGAGGGAUAAGAAGUCAUUUUCUUCAGCUAGAAUACGUAAGUCCUGGGGAAUGGUACUUGAUGCCUCCUUCCUCUACCCUCCUACAAAUUUGGAGCUUUACUAAUUUGAUCAUUUUAAGAAUUUUCCAUUUGAAUUAUGAACAAUGAUAAUCAUAUGGUGAGUCUGCUAUAAACUGGCGAUUUGUGUGCUCUGGAAUUUCUAAACGAGUAAUUAAGUACUAUUUACCAUAUAGUUACAAAGUUUAAUUUUACAUCAAAACUGCCUAAGUCUUCAAAGGGACUCAUGAAGCAGCUUAUGUGAUAUCGGGUUUCUGUUUUGUGAAAAGUGAAUAACCCUUUUCAAGUAAAUGUAACAAAAAUACGUAACUCACAAUUUUAUGAUCGCAGUAACACUUAAAAAAAUAUGAUUCAAGUUAGGUUCCAAUUCUAACCUGUCACCAGAAGAAAGACAAUUUCAAAGUAGUGAUAGUUUUUCUUUUCGACUGUAACAAUGCACAUCUAAAAAUAUUAAAAAUUAUUUACAU